AUGGACGCCUUGGCGCUGGCCUUACAGAGCAGCCAGCCCCCCGCGGUGGCGGAGUGGGUGCUGCUGCUGCUGCGCUGGCGGGCGCUCAAGGCGUCUCCGACGGCCAGCUGGGAGAUGUGCCAAGCCUUGGCGCGCCGCGCGGCCGAGGUGGGCGAGGCGCCAUUGCCAGACCCCCUCCCGCGCUGGAAUCCUCCAGAAAUCUUGGAGCAACUUCAUGCCUGGCUCUCUUCCAAGAUGCCGGAAGAGACGGCAGGCCGGCUGCCGGCGCUCGCCAACUUUCAAGCAGACGCCGAUAGCCUGAUGCAUUCAGGCUUCCAGUGGCUCGGGCAGGAGGACGUGGUUUCGGAAGAGCCGGAGCGCCCGGCCUUGGUGCUCCCAGUGCCUCUGGUGCUUGUCUCCUGCGACACCGUGCAGGACUAUCACUUGGCGGCGGUGGCAUUGCGUAGCUGUGUCCGCGGCUGCGCCCUGCUGCUGAACCAGCGGGGUCUUGUUGCCAAUGCUGAUCGCCACGUGGUGGCCCUGGUGCAGCAUCUCUUUUAUGAGGUGCUGCCGAUGCCGCUGCCACCGUCCCGCGGCGUGAGCGCCUGCUUUUGGCGCUCUAUGCCCAUGUACUACGAGGCUCAGGCCUCCUUGGUGCGCGAGAUCUGGCUGCUGGUGCAGUACUUCUUGGCAGCCUCUUUGUCGCUGCCGCUGAACACGCACCACCACUCGGUGCGGCUUCUCACCUUGUGCAGCGCUUUGGCGAUCUUGGACGCGGUGCUGCGGCGGCUGCCGCCGCACACGCAGAACGACCUCAGCCGGGUGUACAGCGGCGUGCUGCGGUCCUCCUCCAAGGCCAGCGCCUUCGCGGUGACUGCGCAGUUGGCCCAGAGCACCGAGGAGCUCCCCUUAUCCGAUCCCCGGGCGCAAGAGCUGAGGUCUGGGCUUCUGGACUACUUUGCCGGGGCGGGUGAGUCUCGGGCGGCCGGGCGCAAGGCUCGCCGCAUAUUUGAGUUCACCAACAUGCGUUUGGGCGCAGGGGACUUGGAGCUUCUGCAGCGUCUGGCUCUUCUGCGAGGCUGCGUUCAAGGAAGCUGCCCGGAGUCAAGGCUGGCUCGCUACCUCACGGGCGAGGUGCCGGAGCUUCUGUCCGCCUUCCCUGGGCUCAUGGUGCUGAGGGACAUGAGCUUUUUGGUGCGCCUUCUGUGUGUGAAGAUCACCUCUGCGAGCGACCUGAGGCGGAGCGAUGGCAAACCCUGGAACACCUUGGACCUCAUGCUGAGAUGGGAGUAUGAUGCCGAGGAGGGCCGGCUCCGUGUUCAGGGCCUUCAGCGGGCGCUGGUGCCGGGAGAGCUUUCCGUGCCUGCCGGCGACAAACCCGAGACGGCGAGCUUCUUCUCGCGCCUGGGGCGGACCGUGACCUCUUUGUGGACCAGCCAAGUCCAGGAGCCGGUGCUCCUCAGCGCCGCGGAGGCCUCCAACUUGGCCGGGCAGAGCAUCCACACGGAGGAUGAUGUGCUGCAUACGCCCGAGCUGCCCAACUUCGAGGCGAAGCUGUCGCAGGCAGAUUCCGAGCUGCUGCUGUCCUUCCUGACGGUGCCCUAUCUCCGCGUGCCGCUGCUGCUGCAGUUCUUCAACGACCGCAGCCGCUUUGCCGCGCUCUGCUGCCCACGUCUACAGGCGAUGCUGGACGCGGUGCUCUUCGAGCCUGGCCCCUUCGAGGAGGAGAACGAGUCAGCGCAGUGCCCGGAGGUGGUGUAUCCGGGCCUUUCCGGGUCGGAGGGCCAGAAGCUUCUAGCGACGCCUGCGGGGCGAUUCGUGCACGAGUUGGUGCAUAGCCCUACCCCGGUGCUGGCAGAGCUCGAUGGCAUCUUCCGCCUGGCCAUGGAGCGGGAUGUGCCGCAGUACACCUCGGCCUCCUCUGCGGUGCUCUACGCCGUGCGGCUCUGGACCCGCGUUGGGCGCCUGAGCGAUCUGGUGCUUCGCCCUUUUCGGUCGGCUCAGCUGCCUGAGGCCACGGCUUACGCCGGACGGGAGCCUCAGAAGGCCGACCAUUUCGAGACCAGCCCAACUCAAAGUCAUGCAACUCCAUCCGGCGCCACGUCCAGUGCCUUCGCUCCGAACCCCGAACUGGUCGCCAUGUCGGUGUCCCUCGAUGGCUUUGGGCGCUUCAUCAACGUCUUCUGGUCCGACGUGGGGGUGACGCGCACGGAGAUCGGCAUGCUAAGCCUCGCGCAGAUGGUGGCCUCCUUCCUGGGGCAGCUGUUCUGGUCCCUGGCCACGGACCGGCUGGGGGAGUACAAGCGCGUCCUGGUGGGCACCUCUCUGGCAGGCACCGCAAUCAUCUUCUUCAACUUGGUGCCGGCUGUGCAGACGAACUUUUGGUUGCUCUCGUUGGUCUGUGUUAGCUCCUCCUUCUUCCUCUCCACGGGGGGGCCGAUCAUCGAUGCCAUGUGCCUCUCCGUUCUGAAGGAACAGGAGAGCGAGGAGCAGUAUGGCGACCAGCGUCUUUGGUGCGCGGUGGGCUGGGGCGGCAUGAGCUUGGUGGCGGGGCAGCUCAUCGACACCUUCGGCAUCGGCUUCAUGUUCUGGGGCUUCGCCUCCAUCCAGGCGGUGUAUUUGGGCAUCAUCCUCUACUACAUGCCCAUGCGGAAGAACAAGCAGGAGGCGUCACAGGAGAUGGCCAGCAUCAGGCAGUUUCUGAACUUCGACGUUCUCUGGUUCUUCGCCAACCUUGUUGUGUACGGCCUGGCCAUGUCAGUCGUGGAGUCCUUCUUGUUGGUCUUCCUCAACGAGGACUUCGAGAACUGUCCCAAGGUCCUCUUGGGCGCCUCCACCGCCGUGAUGUGCUUCUUCGAGAUCCCUGUCUUCAAAUACGUCGAAAACGUCUGGGCCUCCAACAAGGAUCGGCUGACCUCAGUGCUGAUGGCCUGCAAGGUGGUGCUGGCCUUCCGUUGCCUGUGCUACACAGUGAUCCCCGCCUCCAAUCCCUGGCUGGUUCUGCUGGUGGAGCCUUUGCACGGCUUCACCUUCGCGGCCAUGUGGUCGGCCACGGUGGAGUAUGGCCAGCGGAUCGCGCCGCCGGGCUGCGUGGCACGGAUGCAGGCGUUAGUGAAUGGCAUCUACUACCAGAUCGCCAUGGGCAUCGGCACGGCCAUGUGGGGCCCGCUGGUCAUGGACCCCCCAGCGGGCCUGGGCUUCCGCAACUGCUUCCGCGUGGACGCCGCGGGCAUCGUGCUCUGGGGCCUCAUUUGGCAGUCCGGGCUGAUGCUCCGACAUCGAAGUCGAAUCGCCAGGGAAGCUGCAGUCUCAGAGCAGCCCCUGACCGACAGAGCUUAG